AUGCUUUGUGUAAUAAAGGCUUCUAUAGUGUCUUUCUCAAUAGCAUUUUUUUCAAUAGCACAUGCGAUUAUUCCAAACUUUGAUGACUUGUAUAGGGAAACUGAAGAUUUGAUUAAGUUAUCUGGAACUUUCCAGAGAUUAGAGAAUAAUGAUGAGUAUUUCGUCAAUUUUGAUGACAACAAGAAGCCACUGGAUUAUGGAACAUUUGACUAUAUAGUUGUCGGAGCUGGAACAGCGGGCGGUAUUGUGGCCAAUAGAUUAUCAGAAUCCAGUUCUAAGGUCUUAUUAGUUGAAGCAGGCCCUCGAGAUCCAGAUACUACGAAAGUGCCAGCUCUGGGCACUUUUUUUUUCUACACACCAUGGGAUUGGGGUUACAAUAUAACUAAACAAGAACUCUUUCUAGCAACAAUCGAUAAACGCUGUAUUUUUCCAAGGGGUAAAAUGUGGGGUGGAACAAGUAGCCUUAAUGGAAACGUAUAUAGUAGGGGCACCAAAUGGGAUUAUGAUACAUGGGCAGAAAUUGUUGGCAAUCCUGACUGGUCUUACGAAAAUGUUUUACCUUAUUUCAAAAAAGCCGAAACAGCAAGGUUUAAAAUCGACUUGGAUGAAAGUUAUCAUGGCUUUGAUGGCCCCCAGUUUACAGAUUUGAUAGAAGACACUCCUGGAUUGACUAGAAUGUUAUUGAGAGCUUUCAAAGAAAGAGGUUCAAUUGAGGUGGAUUAUAACGGACGGAGCCCUUAUGGCGUCAGUAGACUCCAAAAUUUUCUAGAUAGAAAUGUCCGUGCAGGAACUGCACAUGCAUACAUAAGACCAGCGACUGGUCGACCGAAUUUGCUCAUAAGUGACAACUCAUUGGUAACUAAAGUUAUUAUUGCAAAUGAUAGAGCAGUGGGUAUAGAGUUUGUAAAAAAUGGAGAACUAUAUUUUGCUCAGAGUUCUAAAGAAGUGAUUUUGUCUGCUGGUGCCAUAAAUACACCACAAAUUUUAAUGCUAUCUGGCAUUGGCCCAUCAGAAGAACUAAAAAAACAUGGCAUAAAACUUAAUAAAGCUCUACCAGUUGGACAAAAUUUACAAGAUCACGUAUCAGUUUCUCCUCUAUUCUUUAGGACUAAUCACACGUACUACAAUUUGAUACUGAAAGAACAGCUGAAAUUAUGGUAUGAGAAUAGAAGACCAUUGACUGGUGGCUGGGGAAUACAAGUAGUUAACUUCCGAAACCUGAAAAAUGAUAGAAGUAGUAAACCUGAUAUUGAAUUUAUUGCUGCUGGUCCACCUUUUUUAAGCAGUAAAAUUGCAACUGCAAAUGGAUUCAAUGAGGAAUACACAUCUGCAUACCAAAUUCUAAACGAGUACACUGAUUUCGCAUUUGACGUAGUUUUGCUACAUCCCGAAUCAAAAGGAGAAGUGACACUGCAAUCGAAAGACCCACGAGAUUAUCCUUUAAUAAACCCCAAUUAUUUUGCCGCUGAGAAAGAUCUAGAAACAAUAUACCAAUCAAUAAAAUGGUUGUUAGGAAUAAAAAAUACUGAAGCUUUCAAAAACUUUAAAGCAGAGCGUUUGUUGGUAGCAAUGCCAGGUUGUGAUGAAAAUUACAAAACGGAUUCUAGAAAUUGGUGGUAUUGUGUGAUUAAACAUCUCGCGUUUCCUGGCUAUCAUGUUACAGGCUCGGCAAUAAUGGGUACAUGUCCCAGUAACUCUGUUACCAAUCCGGAACUUAAAGUUCAUGGAAUUCGAGGGCUUAGAAUUGCAGAUGCUAGUGUUAUUCCAGUUACCAUUUCUGGUCAUACGACUGCACCUACUGUAAUGGUUGCAGAAAAAGUGUCUGAUCUUAUCAAAGCUGAACAUGGACAAUAA